AUGGAGUACUUCGUGAUUAUCACCUCUCGGCAUCGCGAGGAACAGGUGCAGCGUUCCAACCGGACCGAGCUGGGCAGCGACGGCAGCCUAAGCUUGCGCCUUGUGGACGCCACCAGCGCCGGCAACUACACAUGCCAUGUGCGCAACCGGCUCGCGAACGACCGGCGGAUUGUCGCUCUCAUCGUGCGGGCCCACGUGGAAGGAUUUGUGCUCAAGGUGGUCAGCCAAACGGCCACUUCUCUGCAGAUGACGGCUAGUGGCUCUGCGGUAGACGAUCAAGUCGUGCAGGUGCUGGAAGUUCACCUGAAGUCAGAAAAUGGGGAGUGGCAGCAGCGCUCCUUGACGGGCCGCCACAACGACACGUACCACCUGGAUGGGCUGCAGUGCGGCACUCGCUACCAACUGUAUGCUGUGGCCUUUUUGGCAAGCGGCCACCGAGAACAGAGUGACCUACUAGCCGCGAGCACAAUCGGCAGCCCCCCGGUUGCUCCCAACAAGGAGGACAUUGUGCGUGCUCUGAACAGCUCGCAUGUUGAAGUCAUGCCAUCGGCCUGGCGAUCGGGUGGAUGCCCCUUGAUGCGUCUCAGCGUCGAGUACCGCUUGCUGCGCGACGAACAGCCGCAAUGGAUCGCUCACUGGAAUCACACCAGCCCAGCAGCAGGUGUGCUGCCGCAGGACCUCCCUGUUGUAAUUCUGGGAGGACUUAAGCCAGAAACUUGGUACGUCGUUCGCCUGAUGGCUGCCAAUGCUGCAGGCCUCACCAAAGUUAAGUAUGACGUCAUGAUACCGAGCGCCCGAGCUGAUGCGGCAGGAAAAGGGAAGACCGCGGUGGCUGCCUUCCUUGAAGACAUGACCACGCUGGUCUCUAUGGCCUCAUCCGGGGUCGUGCUGCUCGCCGGUCUCAUUGCCGUCGUCUGCUUGGUGCUCUACAAGCGGCGCCGAAAUGGACGCGCCGCUGCCGCAUCCUCUGCACGUUCGGGUGCCAAGAACACACGGAAACCGGUGUCCAGUCAACCGCGUACUUCGUCCUCGCAGCAGCAACCGGUACAGCCAAAGCCCACAGAGUCCCGCAGUAGCGAUCUGGCAACUGCCACGACGACGACAACAAUCUCUACAACCGGUGGCAACGAGCGUGCCGGCGACAGUCGUCCUGAGCGGUCGAGUGGAACCAGCGGAGGAGCGGACCGGCGUGCCAGCGGUGGAGGAGGCAGUGCAUCGGUGCCACCCGCUCUUCCACAAAAGAAGAACAAAGAUGCCGCAAGGCGAAGCCGGGAACAGCUGUCCAGCGCCGCAAGGUCUUCUCCCAUUCGGAAAUCCCAAUCGAUAGCUACUUCGAAGACUUCUAGCAACGCCGGAUCGCAACAGCUGCUGUCCCAGCAGCAGCAUCAGCAGCAGCAGCAGCAACAACAGCCCCAACAGCAUCAUAAGCAGCAGCAUCAAAAAAACAGGCAGGUCAACAAGCAGCUCAACAAAACAUCCAAACAAAAGGAAGAACAAGAGCGAACGCCUCGGAUUCAAACGUCACCAACGAAAAAACAGUUUUUUGACGAGGAAAUCACGCCUUAUGCGACUUUUCAACUAUCCCCAACUAAAGGCAACAUCGAUGACGACGGGGAAGAGUUCAAGACCUUCACCAUUCAUCACGGGGAGCCACCGUAUCUUACCAAGGGAAGCCUGGAUGCGCCGUCGACGUACAGCAAAGGGAAAGACGAGUUUUACAGCCAUAGUCACGCGGCGAACAGCCACAGCCUGACGUCGGGCUCAUCCAACCAAGACGAGUUGCUGCGUGCGUACGAAUACGCCCGGCGGCACCCACCGGGUUCCUCGCUACAGGCUUCGACCGGCGGCGCCCUCACGCACUACGAUGCGCCCGACGACAGCCACACCACGGGCUCUGAAGGCAGCACCGAUCCGGGUAUAAGGCAAUUCACAGAGUCGCCGCCUGAACCCAACGAAAGGAGACAAGCUGCUUGCAUCACGCCAGGCUCUCGAGGUGGCCUCUCAAAGGAGAACAGCACGAGCAGCUCGAGCAGUUCGAGCAGCAGCAGCAGCGCGGGCUGCAUCGGCCCUGAUGGUGGUGCGGAUGACGCGACCCCCGUGAACACACCAAGCCAGUCGUCGGCUAUACCUGCCUGCUUCGCGGUUUGGGACCGCGCACCACUGCCUGGAAGAUCAGCGCUCGUCGCAAGGGCAGGUCACCUUCCUCAGGUGAAAAUGCCAAGCCAGAACAAAGCGCAGUCAUCCAAGUCUCAGCAACCACUCCCACCCCCACCGCUUCCAACGAAGAAGGGCUCGGUGCUGUCGGCCAGCACGCCUGCGCCUACGGCCGUUUCAUCGGCGCAGCAAGCGAGAUUUGUCAAGAAAGGCUGCCCGGACUCACGAAGCACGCGUCCUCAUGCCAUUCGGUUGUCCAGUGACGAAAGCGACGAAAGUGAAGGAACAGCUUCCACGUUUGGUCAGGUGGACAUGGUGCGCGGCAGUUCCUCAAACGAGUUCUCGGAGACAGAUCGUUCUUCCCAAGGUGCUUUCGGCCGGCGCCGGAAGUCCGGUUCUGAUAUCAUCGACUGCUAAAUGGCGGUCGCAGGACACUGCCACUCCACAUUACAGCCAUGGCUAUCUCCAGCUACCUGCUUCCUCUUCGCUACGAAUUUCCGAAGUAGACUUGAGACAAAAUAAAACGUCACGCCUUUGACGGCCGUGACGCGAGGAACACAGGACGUUUCCGUAGCUGAGGUGUUGUGCGCGAUUGACGUUUGCGGUUGCUCACGUGUACGUCCUGCAACUUCUUUGACAUGUGGCUAAUGUAGAGCGCGCGUAUUGUGAUGCACAGGUUAAACCACUAACUUGCUCAUUUUAUUGGGGCCCGGAACAGUGUUUAGCCAUCUGACGGGACGGGCGUGUGUUCAGCAGAAGCUGACAUAUUGGCACUGCCGACUUAGACCAUCCCAACAGUGUUUUAGGUGUGUGCGCGCUGCUGUGUGAUUUUGCUCAUGAGAGAACAGUGAUCGCAGACACGACUACUACGGACCGCUGCAGUGUGUGCGCACAUAACGGCUACACAUUGUCUUUCAAGGACUGUGGCUUCUGAAAUCAAGCAGUCAAUGCCUUUGAAGCAAUGCCGACAAGAAAAAAAGGUCACAAAAGCCUCGCUUCAUUCCUCCUCCAAAACCUAUGUAUACAAAUGGAAAGCCAACGUUACUGUGAUGUGUAUCCGUUUCCAACGCAGGGCUGAAGGUCUGGGGCCUAUAAUACGUGCGGCUGCGCUAAAUAAGGUCACAUGUGCUACGUUUCAUUGCUCACUCCCUUGUGCGUGUAUUUUUGUUCUUUUCAGCAGUCUGUGACGCUACAAUUUCAGCGUCAACCUCGUAAUAUGUGACAACCACUAUCAAGGACUUCAUUAUAAAUACGACAUUUCCACUUGAAGAACUCUGUUUACUGUCACGCGCGUUCAGCCCAUUACUUGUUUUGUGAACGAAAUCUACGUAGCGAAGGUGACAGAAAGUAGAACCUUGAGCGUCUGCACACGUUGAUGUAACCGUACGUUCACAUUAACAUGGAUUUUGCUAACGCAAGCUGUAGUGGCGCCACUGCGAGCACUUUGAUCGCCUUCACGACAGAGACGACGCUUUGUCCUGGUAGUUCAAUAUGGUUCGGGCAAUUCAGUGCGUUUCUGACAUUGACCUUUCUAGUCCAGUAACCUUUUCUGUUAUGCUAGCGUUGUGCGUGCCAAAGCGACCAUAGGAUUAGGAAGCAAGCCGUAGUGGGUGAGUCCAGAACAACGUUUUCGACAUUAAUUCUAAGUACACAGCCUUUAUUUUAUUCUAGCCAAUCUAAAUGGCAUAAAUUAUACUCAAUAUUAGAAAAUAAAACCUGCAGAUGAUACUAUGAAAUAUUUGCUACCAGCCUUCGCAAAAGAAAGAUUGCUGGUAAUUUCAGCGACGUAGCCUUCCUAAAGCAAAUUGAUAAAUUCUGUGCGAAGACAGGACCAGCAACAUAGUUUACUAAACAGACAUCUGAGAGCCUGUUUUACAGCGCAAGCUGUUGAGAUCACAGCAGCCGAUUUUAGUGGCAUAGUUGUCCGCCGACGCUGGAAUCAGUAACAGUCAUCGCGCACAAGAGAAAACACGCUUUGAAUGGGAUUUCUACCCAGGCACUCUACGUGCCUGUCGAGCCUUCUACCACCGAGCCAUGCCUGUGCUUGAAACUCCUCAAAAAGACCAUACAGGGUUCACGUCGAGCAAGGAAUCGCGUUCAGAGAUGUAAUACAGCGUGGCAGAACAGUGGAAUAGCACCACGCGUCACACAUUGGGAAUCGCGUCACGAGUGGGUGGUUAAAAGCUUCCCACCCAUUACAAAGGACUCCGCCAGAAGCCUUCAUCGUCAUCAGCAUUAACAAAGUGCAUGUAAUGCCUUACAGAC